AUGUCAGACUCCCCUCCCCAAAACACUCGCUCGUUCCUUCCCAACGACAAUCCGUGGUCCAACGAACGUUUCGGCCCGACUGCCAACAUGGUCAAUGCGGAAGGGGCGGCCUCAUCAAGUCACCAUCGAUCCCGCAGCAGAGGAGUCUCAUCAGCGCAGGAUAGGCGAGUCCUGGAAGACGUACCUGGCGACAUUCGUCGCAAUGUCCCGAUCUACACUGAGGACGAUGUUGACAGGUUCCUUCAGGCAAAUCAGUUCCACGGCAAGACAGUCGGACAAGUCGUUCAAAAUCAAAUCUCAAGAAUGUCCUCAGCGGAGAAACUCAAACCGGAUGGUUCGAACUUCAGCACGUGGGAGAUGUUCAUGCGUGAGCGGGUUCGUGAACUAUUCAGCGAUCCAUUAUGGUACUCGAAGGCAUGCACCGAUCAGUUUCAAGAGCAAGUAGGACGAUCGCUGCUCCUCGCGACGGUCGACACGGCACUUGUUCGUAAUCUCUUGAAGCAGAAGACAUGCCGAGACAUGUACCAUCAUCUGGCGUCUCGUUUCAACACGAUUAGCCGGGCCGAACAAAUGAUGACUUGGCAGAAGCUGACUGCCUUCAAGUUCUCCGAUUACAACAGUAGCUCGGAGGCGAUGGGGACACUGAUCGAGCUGUUGGACAACUUCGCGGAUCUUGAUCUCGAUCUCACACGGGAGACAAUCGGCGGACUGGUCCUUCAAUCGUCUAUCGAGGCAGGCUCGGAAUUGAGGCGAGAAGUCGAUCGCAGAGUUGAACAAGACAUGUGCAGCGGCAGCAGAACGAUGGCCAGGAAAGCGGUCACGCCGGAUCACAUCCUCAAACACAUCGACAUCUCUCGGAACCAUAUUGAGCUCAACUCCUCGAAGCCCGAUGUUUUUUCGGCGAAGCCCCAACUACCUCCCCCGCUUGCUAGCCUGUCUGACGAGAGUAAGGAGUACUACGAUCCUUCUCAGUGGCAGGACCAGAUCGGGCAAGUCAGUGGCUUGGCCACAUACGGGCUACAAUGCUGGAAUUGCAGAUCCUCCGAUCAUCUCCUCAGCAAGUGCCCUCACCCCAGGAGGCCAAAUUUCAACCGGCCACCCCAUAUGGUGAAACCAACUCCUCGUCAGUUUUUACCCGGCAGAGGAGGUCCACCAUUGACGACUCCAGGCAACUUUCAGGCAUGGUACCCCAUCGUGACGCCUCCUGGAUACGUGAAUCAAGGAUACCAGUCCCAUCCAAGUCCGUACUCCCCCCAGCCUCCUGGAUCAUCAGGCCCAGCCCUAGGAAGAAAGCCAGACUGGUACCGACCAGACUACAGGAAACAACAACAGCCUCAGUCAAGUCACAAACCGUCCCCUCGACCAUCAGCCAACCAAGUCGAACCAGAUGCCGCGGGUCCGCCAGAUCAACUUCAUCCGCCACACCAUCUUGACCACCAACAUCAGCAGCACCCGUCGCAUUAUGAACCACCCGUACAUCAACCUAGCCCCAUGGAACCUGUGACUCGGAUGAUCGAGAUUGGGAGGCUGGAUGAUGUGGACGAUGAUCAAUUCCAACCCAGGUUCCGACAACUCACCGUGGCGGAGGGAGAUGAACCAGUUCUAGACACAGGGGCCACCCAUCAUUUGACAGGCCAAAGGAGCGGGGAAUUUAUCAUUUCCGAGCCGGAAUGGGCAAAUGGUAACUUUUAG